AUGGCCAAGGAGAAAGUCGUUAAGAAUACGAGAAACGCGAACAAGGGACAUGCCAAAGGCAAAAGCGUUGACAGUGUCAACGAUUUGCUUGGGAUAGUCGACGACACCAAUGAGAUGUACAUUUCACUCUCUCCAAGAACUGUGACCUCUAAUUUGCAGCUCGAUGCUAAUGAUCCUUCCUGA